AUGACUUCCAACAUUGGCUCCCAUUACAUACUUGAAACCCUUCGCAGCACACAGGAUGACAAAAGUGCAGUUUAUGAUCAGAUGAAAAGGCAAGUUGUUGAGUUGGCUAGGCAAACAUUCCGCGCAGAGUUCAUGAAUCGAAUUGAUGAGUAUAUAGUUUUCCAGUCUUUGGAUUCCAAUAAGAUCAGCAAAAUAGUGGAGUUUCAGAUGGAACGUGUGAAGUACAGGCUCAAACAGAAGAAAAUUGAUCUUCAUUACACACAAGAAGUUGUUAAUCUUCUUGGUGUAUUGGGUUUUGAUCCUAAUUUUGGAGCAAGACCAGUUAAAAAAGUAAUACAACAAUCGGUAGAAAAUGAAAUUGCAAUGGAAGUUUUAAGGGGAGAUUUCAGAGAAGAGGACUCAAUCAUUGUAGAUGCUGAAGAAACUUCAUCAGGCGAGGAAGGCUCCUCCAUAAAGAGGCUGAUUAUUAAGAAGCAGGAUAGUCUUGUUGCUGAUGCAAUGGUUGCCAAUGAUUAG